AUGGAUUCGGAAGCUGUCAAAAAGUAUACAAAAUGUUUAAAUUUUGCUGCUAUAAAGCACAGCACCCAACGUCGCAAGGAUAAGGAAAAGACUCCGUAUAUUAAUCAUCCGAUUGGUGUCGCAAAUAUUCUCGCAAACGAAGGUGAUGUAAUAGACUUGAAUGUUUUGAUGGCAGCCAUUCUUCAUGAUACGGUUGAGGACACAGACUGUUCAUUUGAGGAAAUUGAAGAACAUUUUGGAAAAGAUAUUAAAAGUAUUGUACAAGAAGUGACAGAUGACAAGAACCUUCCGAAAAUGGAGCGCAAAAAACUUCAAAUUGAGCAUGCGAAAACAGCAAGUCCAAAUGCGAAAUUAGUCAAGUUGGCUGAUAAGUUGUACAAUUUGCGAGACCUUCAAAGAGCUAUUCCUGAGGGCUGGACCAAAGAGAGAGCAAGUGAAUACUUUAUCUGGGCUAAGAAAGUUAUCGACAAUUGCAGAGGAACAAAUAAGAAAUUAGAAGAUAAAUUAGAUGAUAUUUUUCGCUCCCAAAACAUAAUGGAAUAA